GCCAAGCCUAUCUCUCUCUCUCUCUCUCUCUCUCUCUCUCUCUCUAUUUAUAUUAUAUUUGCCCAUUUUAGAGAGAAGCCCAUCUGCUCCAACUCACCUCUCCCUCUCUCUCUCUCUCUCUGCUUUGAUACAUAAAAUUCAUUCAUUUUGUUUUGGCUAAUUGCAGCGACAGUUAGUCAUUGGAAGAACGUAGAGAGAGAGAGAGAGAGAGAGAGAGAGAGAGAGAGAGAGAAAGAGGGAGAGGAAUAAAGGGGGCUUAUUGCCCUCUCUUCUUAUUAUGCCUUCCCUCAGAUCUUAGAUUUUCUCGAUUUCUCAUCUGGGUUCUUCUCAAUUGGAAUCCAGGAUUGUGGGUCGAUUGAUUUUUGAUCUGUGGAAGAUUUGAAGUUUCUAGAUUGAAUCUAAACGUACCCAUUUCGCAUCUAUUCAUCACAAUAUUUCAAAUUUCGGAAUGGAUAUGGAACUUGGUAAGCUUUUCAUUGGUGGAAUUUCUUGGGACACUAAUGAAGACCGCCUUAAGGAGUAUUUCCAAACUUUCGGAGAAGUGGCAGAAGCUGUGAUAAUGAAAGAUCGGACCACUGGCCGUGCCCGUGGUUUUGGUUUUGUUGUCUUCGCUGACCCUGCUGUUGCCGAAAGAGUUGUAAUGGAAAAGCACAUGAUAGAUGGUAGAACUGUUGAGGCAAAGAAAGCUAUUCCCAGGGAUGAUCAACACAUUCUGAACAAAAAUAAUAGUAGCAUACAUGGGUCACCUAGUCCUGCCCGUACAAGAAAGAUAUUUGUGGGAGGUUUAGCAUCCAGUGUUACAGAGAGUGACUUUAAGAAGUACUUUGAUCAAUUUGGGACAAUCACAGAUGUUGUUGUCAUGUAUGAUCACAACACUCAAAGGCCGAGAGGUUUUGGAUUCAUCACUUAUGAUUCAGAGGAAGCAGCAGAGAAAGUUUUGCUUAAAACUUUUCAUGAACUUAAUGGAAAAAUGGUUGAGGUCAAGCGAGCUGUCCCCAAAGAAUUAUCUCCUGGGCCAAGUCGGAGCCAAUUAGGCGGAUACAACUAUGGUUUGAGUAAGGUCAGUAGCUUUCUUAAUGGUUACACUCAGGGUUAUAAUCCAGGCACGAUCGGAGGCUAUGGACUUAAAAUAGAUGGCAGAUCUAGUCCUGUGACUGUUGGUCGGAGUGGAAUUUCCCCAUUUGGUCUUUCGGGUUAUGGGAUGGGACUGAAUUUUGAGCCAGGCUUUAGUCCGAGCUAUGGUGGAGGUGCAAACAUUAGUUCUAAUCUUAGCUAUGGGCGGGGAUUGAACUCUUUUUAUAGUGGAAAUUCUAACAGGUAUGGUAGCCCCAAUGGUUUUGGUGGGGGUAAUGGAGGAACUGGCUCUAUUUUGAGUUCAACAAAUCGUAGUUUGUGGGGAAAUGAUAGUCUUAAUUAUGCUUCAAACUCAGCAAACUCCAGCCCUUUUAUUGGCUCUGGAAUUGGGAAUAAUACUGGUGCAAGUUCUUUUGGCAGUAUUGGAGCAAUUUGGGGUUCCUCUCCCGUCUCAACUCAAAUUGGGGGGAAAAGUUCUGUUUAUAGUUGUGGAAAACUUAGUUAUGGGAGUGAAGACCUCAAUUUUGAGUCAGGAGGCGCAGGUUACAGAAGAAAUGGCAGUACCACUGGGGCACCAGAUUCUUCAUAUGCUCCUUCAAAUGGUGGUUAUGAUGGAGCAUAUGGAGACUUUUAUGAAGGUGGUUCAAUUUAUGGGAAUUCCACUUGGAGGUCAUCAUCUUCAGAGCUGGAGAGGCCUGUUUCAUUUAGUUAUGGGCUUGGGAAUGCGGAUUCAGAUGUUAUGAGUAAAAACUCUGCUGGCUACGUCGGUGGUUAUAGUGUUACUAAUAGACAAGCAAAUAGAGGUAAGAUGCAUUUCUCCUUCUUCUGCCCCCCAACACCUUUUCCAUUAAUUGCAAGUUUGCUGCACAAACAUGGGAUUAAAUUUAGCUAAUUUUGCCCACCAAGAUAUUGGUGAUUAGGUGAAAUGGUUACACAGUUCAUGAAUACAGACAUUUUGUCAUGCCCUUCUGACUAUUUUAAUCCAUGUAAAUAAAAAUGCAAAUACUGAGCAAUCAGAUGUUUUGGGUGUGAAUGCAUCUUUUUUAAUAUCUAUGACCUUUUUUGAAACUUGCUGACCUUUCUCAGUAAAUGAUAAACCUUACCCACCUGGAGUAUAUGGUAUUUACAUCAUGUUGAUCAUCAUUGUUUCAGGUAUUGCUGCCUAGGAAGAUAAUCAUUUCAGUAUGAGAAGAUUAUUAUAGGUGAAUCAGUGAACGCCUGUGAAUUUGGUACACAUUUCACUUGUUGGGAUAUUUCAGUCUAAAGAAAAUGUUAUUAGAAUUAAUUGGAGCACUGGUUUGAAGAAUUAUCACCGUGAGCAGUUGCGAAGAAUUUCAUGCAAGGUUUGAGCUUGAGUUUUUUAAAAUAUAGGUUUUCUUUUUUCAGUUUUCGUUGAGAUGUAAAAUCAGUUUGCGGGAUAUAAUCAGAAACUGUAUCAUGUGUCCCAGAUGAUGUGGAAAUACAUUUUAAAAAAAAAGGAUUUUUUUUUUUCAAUUUUUCCUUCUGUAAUCCCAGCAAGUUGCUGGCUGUUGUCAGAUCUGUUGUCUUAUUUUAUUUUCAUUCCCUUUCCUGGGUUUCGGUUUUGGGUUUCAUGGAUUGUACCCAAGGUGUGGUUGGUUUACUAGUUUUAAACUCUUCAGGCCCCAGGAUACAUAUCUGGGUUGCCCUAUAAUAAUAUACUAAAUAUUGAUUCA